UACUUUCACUUGCCUCUUCUCGAAAAAGCAGGGACUGUUUGUCGUGAGGUUGUGUGCUCCUUCGUUUUAGGCCACACAACCCACUCUUUUCGUGAUAUAAUUUAAAAAAAACCAAAAAAAUUCAUAAAAUAUAUAAAAGCAUAAAAAAAUAGUAAAAUAACUUUAAAAUACCAUAAAACUUUGAGCAGACACAUCGAGGAAAAAUGGCUUCGCUUUACGUUGGAGAUUUGCACGCGGACGUCACCGAGGCCAUGCUUUUCGAGAAGUUCUCGACCGCAGGCCCUGUCCUUUCCAUCCGAGUUUGCCGCGACAUGAUCACACGUCGCUCCUUGGGCUAUGCCUACGUGAAUUUCCAACAGCCUGCUGAUGCUGAGAGAGCCCUAGACACAAUGAAUUUUGACAUGCUGAAGGGUCGCCCAAUUCGUAUUAUGUGGUCGCAGCGUGACCCAUCCCUGCGCAAGUCUGGCGUAGGCAACGUGUUCAUCAAGAACCUUGACAAGACCAUCGACAACAAAGCUAUGUACGAUACCUUCUCCGCCUUUGGCAACAUACUCAGCUGUAAGGUGGCUACUGACGAGACCGGUAAUUCAAAGGGCUAUGGGUUUGUCCACUUUGAGACUGAAGAAGCUGCCAACAAGUCCAUCGACAAGGUCAAUGGCAUGUUGCUCAACGGCAAAAAGGUGUACGUGGGCAAAUUCAUCCCCCGCAAGGAGCGCGAAAAGGAACUUGGCGAGAAGGCUAAGCGUUUCACCAAUGUCUACAUCAAGAACUUCACCGACGACAUAACUGAUGAGCAGCUCAGAGAUAUGUUUGAGAAGUACGGACGCAUAACUAGCCACAAGGUCAUGAUUUCCGACGAUGGCAAGAACAAGGGCUUUGGAUUUGUUGCCUUUGAGGACCCAGAGGCCGCUGAGAGAGCUUGUGAUGAAUUGAACACUAAGGACUUCAAUGGAAAGCCACUCUAUGUCGGAAGAGCUCAGAAGAAGGCAGAAAGACAGCAGGAGCUCAAGAGGAAGUUUGAGCAGCUGAAGAUCGAACGCAUGAAUCGCUACCAAGGAGUCAACUUGUAUGUCAAGAAUCUUGAUGACACCAUCGAUGAUGAGCGUCUGAGGAAGGAAUUCACCCCGUUCGGAACCAUAACGAGCGCCAAGGUUGUCAUGCUGGAGGAUGGAAGGAGCAAGGGUUUCGGCUUUGUCUGCUUCUCUUCUCCGGAGGAGGCGACCAAGGCUGUGACGGAGAUGAAUGGACGGAUAGUGGGUUCCAAGCCCCUGUAUGUGGCCCUGGCCCAGCGCAAAGAAGACCGCAAGGCUCAUCUGGCCUCCCAGUACAUGCAACGCAUGGCCAAUAUGCGUAUGCAGCAAAUGGGACAAAUGUUCCAGUCUGCUGGAGGCGCCGGAUACUUCAUGCCAACCCUCACCCAGCCUCCUCAGCGCUUCUAUAACACCCAGAUGGCGCAGAUCCGACCUCAGCCCCGCUGGCCAGGACAGCCUCCUGUGCGUCCCUCUACCCAGACUGCCAGCGGAUCCGCCUUCCCCACUAUGCCACAGACCUUCCGCUCCGUACAGCGCGCACCUACCAGCCAGCCUGCCAUGCGUAGCUCCAUCUCGGCCAGGCCCAUUACUGGACAGCAGGGUGCAACUGCCAUUCCAGGACGUGCUCCGAUGCCGGCUGGAGUGGCUGUUUCGGGACAGGCGCGUCCUGCCAACUAUAAGUACACCGCCAACAUGCGCAACCCACCUCAAGCCAUGCCGCAGGCCCAGCAGCCCCAAGUGCAACAGGCCGUGCUCAUCCAAGGCCAGGAGCCUCUGACGGCUUCUAUGUUGGCUGCGGCCCCUCACAAUGAGCAGAAGCAAAUGCUGGGAGAACGUCUCUUCCCGCUCAUCCAAAGGAUGUAUCCCGAGCUCGCCGGUAAGAUCACUGGCAUGUUGCUCGAAAUAGACAACUCCGAGUUGCUGCACAUGUUGGAGCACCACGAGUCCCUCAAAGCAAAGGUGGAGGAAGCCGUUGCUGUGUUGCAGGCUCACCAGGCCAAGCAGGCGGCCAAAAAAGAUUAAAAAGUAAAAACCACAUAAUAAUGACAAAAAAUACAAAAAAAUUGUAAAACUUUGGAAACAGCAGAGUGUUCUGCAACUUUUUCAGAAAAGAGGCACGUUGAGACAAAAAAAAGCGUAAAAUAAUGAAAGCCCAAAAAAUUUCUCAAUAACUUGUUCUUUUUCAUUCCUGCUUGACUAGUUCAAUGGUCACUGCAAACGGUUUUGGUUAAUGUAAGCAAAUCUGCAUUUUUCAACGCAAGGAAAGUGAAAUGUGAACAUGUCAAAACCAGAUGUAUUAAGCUGUUCAGCUUCAAACUGGGUUGAACAAUUACUUUAUUUUCAACGUUUAGCUGGAUUUUGUUACUAUUACACAGAGGAAUUGGAAAACGCCUUGUAAGAUGUAUCUCUAAUUACUUCAAGAAUAAACUUUCCUCACAUUAAA